AAUAAUAUAAUAAGAGAAAAUGACCGAUUGAGACAUCGCGUGAGCACACGAAGAUCAUUGGCAUCAUACAAUCGCUUGGCAUUCCAAUAUGAUCCCACUGCGAACUACAGUGAUGAUGAAAAUUUGGAUAUUGGACGAAUGACGACUAUAUGCCGAUAUUGCAAUGCGGUAAAGUUCAAAAGAGAAACGGUUGGAUUGUGCUGCGCAAGUGGAAAAGUCAAACUGGAUCCAUUACUUACACCACCACAGCCACUGAAAACAUUGUUUGAUGGAAGUGAUCCCGAUUCCAGCCAUUUUCUUCAACACAUCCUUGAAUACAAUAACUGCUUUCGCAUGACUUCCUUUGGAGCUAAUAUCAUUCGAGAAGGCGGCUUCAUGCCGACUUGCAAGAUACAAGGUCAAAUAUAUCAUUUGCAUGGUUCAAUGGUGCCAACACCAGAUGAACCGCAUCAAUUUCUGCAAAUAUAUUUCACAACAAUAUAAUACACAACAGUUAAA